CGGCGGCAGCGGCAGCGGCGGCAGGAUGAAGUUCGCCGAGCACCUCGCGGCGCACAUCACCCCCGAGUGGCGGAAGCAGUACAUCCAGUAUGAGGCUUUGAAGGAGAUGCUAUAUGCAGCUGUGGACCAGGCCCCUUCUAUAGAAGACACAGAUGAGGACACGGUGAAAAGAUGUUUUGCCACGUUUGAAGAGAAAUUCUUCCAAACCUGUGAGAAAGAACUUGCCAAAAUCAACAUUUUCUAUUCAGAGAAGCUUGCGGAAGCGCAGCGCAGGUUCACCACGCUCCGCACCGAGCUGCAAUCCACCCUGGAGGCGCAGAAGGAGGCCAGCGGGGCCUCCACGCUGCCGCGGCGCCGCAAACCCGUCUUCCACCUGUCCCACGAGGAGCGGGUCCAGCACAGGAACAUCCGAGACCUGAAAUUGGCCUUCAGCGAGCUCUACCUCAGCCUCAUCCUGCUGCAGAACUAUCAGAACCUGAACUUCACCGGCUUCCGCAAGAUCCUGAAGAAGCAUGACAAGAACCUGGAGACGACACGGGGGGCGGAGUGGAGGGUGGCCGAGGUGGAGGUGGCUCCCUUCUACAUCUGCAAGAAGAUCAACCAGCUUAUCUCCGAAACAGAGGAACUGGUGACCAACGAGUUGGAAGAUGGAGACAGACAGAAGGCAAUGAAACGUCUGCGUGUUCCACCCUUAGGAGCAGCUCAGCCUGUGCCAGCCUGGACUACAUUCAGGGUUGGAUUGUUCUGUGGGUUGUUCAUUGCACUGAACGUCACUGUCAUACUUUCAGGUGUGGCUUUUAUAGAUGGACCAAAUGUGUGGCCACUGGUGAGAAUCUAUCGAGGUGGCUUUCUCCUGAUAGAAUUCCUCUUUCUCCUGGGUAUCAACACCUAUGGCUGGAGACAGGCUGGAGUCAACCACGUCCUCAUCUUCGAGCUCAACCCCCGCAGCAACUUGUCCCAUCAACAUCUCUUUGAGAUUGCUGGUUUCCUGGGUGUUUUGUGGUGCCUGAGCCUGCUGGCAUGUAUAUAUCGUCAAUUCACCUACAUCCCCAUGCAGGUGAACCCACUCAUCCUGUAUGGCUUCAUGUUGCUUUUCCUCAUCAACCCUACCAAAACCUUAUAUUACAAGUCCCGUUUUUGGCUGCUCAAACUAUUGUUUCGAGUAUUCACUGCUCCCUUCCACAAGGUAGGCUUCGCAGAUUUCUGGCUGGCUGACCAGCUCAACAGCCUGGUGGUGAUACUUAUGGAUUUGGAAUACAUGAUCUGCUUCUACAGCUUUGAGGUUCAGUGGGAGGACAAUGCUGGACUUCUGGCAGAUACAGAUAAUCAGAUUUGUAACAGCUACUCCUACGGAGUGAGAGCAGUUGUCCAGUGCAUCCCUGCUUGGUUGCGAUUCAUCCAGUGCCUGCGCCGUUACCGCGAUAACAAACGGGCCUUUCAUCUGGUUAACGCUGGAAAAUAUUCCACCACCUUCUUCGUGGUGACAUUUGCAGCCCUCUACAGCACUCACAAAGCUAAAAACCACAGUGACACCCAAGUGUUCUUCUACCUGUGGAUUAUCUUCUGUUUCAUCAGCUCUUGCUAUACCCUCAUUUGGGACCUGAAGAUGGACUGGGGUCUCUUUGACAAAAAUGCUGGUGAAAAUACCUUUCUCCGAGAAGGAAUUGUCUACCCACAGAAAGCAUACUACUAUUGUGCCAUUGUAGAAGAUGUCAUCCUGCGUUUUGCGUGGACCAUCCAGAUCUCCCUCACUUCCAUGCAAAUCUUUCCCUACGCUGCAGACAUCAUUUCUACUGUGUUUGCCCCACUUGAGGUGUUCCGGCGGUUUGUGUGGAACUUCUUCCGCCUGGAGAACGAGCACCUGAACAACUGCGGGGAGUUCCGUGCCGUGAGGGACAUCUCGGUGGCGCCGCUCAACGCCGACGACCUGACGCUCCUGGACCAGAUGAUGGACCAGGAGGACGGCGUGCGCAACCGCCGCAAGAGCAAGCAGUGGAAGCGCAGCCUGAGCGUGUCCCUGCGCCGGCCGCGCCUCGGCACACAGUCGAAGGCUUCUGACACAAAGGUAUUGAUAGAGGACCUAGCAAAUGAAGUGAACACAUGAGAUGGCCACGUUCUCUUAUUCCACAUCCUUUGUUUUCUCGUUCUGUUCCCCUCUUCCCCAAGUAACCCGAGCUCUGGUACAGAUCCAGCUGAAAACAGGAGAAAACACUGAACACGUUUUCUGAGCUCUUCCAGACCAGAUCCUAUGGACUCCAACAAGCUCACUGUGUUUCGUUUCUUUUCUUCUGGGUUAAUUUUAAUGUUCUAUUUUAAACAAACAAACAAACAAACAAAAAUAAAAUAUUUUACUUUGUUUUGCCAAUAAAGAGGACAGUUCAGGAAAGAA